AUGCUGAGAAGUGAGGAUUCACGAAGAGAGAAAAAUCCAGGAAGAGAGAGAAAAAAUAGCCAAAAACAAAGCGUAAAUGUACUUCAUAGUAAUUCAUCUAUUAAAUCAAUUUUCAUAUUUGGAGAUUCAUCGGUUGAUUCAGGAAAUAAUAACAACUUAAUUACCUUUUACAAAAGUAAUCAGCACCCAUAUGGUGUUGAUUUUCCUCAACAAACUCCAACCGGAAGAUUUAGUAACGGAAGGAUUACCACUGAUUUUAUUGCUUCAUAUACAGGAAUUAAAGGAUAUGUCCCAUCUUAUUUAAACUCAAAUCUUAGUUUGGGAGAUCUUAUAACGGGAGUUAGCUUUGCAUCUGGAGGUGCGGGUUAUGAUCCUUCUACAGCUGCUAAAAAUGAGGUAAUUGAUUUAGCGAAGCAACUGCAGUACUUCGAUGAAUACAAGACAAAAGUAGAGCAAAUUAUUGGACAUGAGAGAAUGGAGAGGAUCAUUAAGCAUGCAGCAUUUGUAGUUAGUUGUGGCACAAACGAUAUCGUUUUCAGGUAUGGAACUCGGAAUACUUCGUUUCAGUUGCCUGACCACGAUGACGAAAUUUCAGCUUAUCUUCACUUUCUGUUAAGGCAAAGCAAAUUAUUCUUACAGGAUCUAAUAGAUCGUGGUGCAAAAAAGAUAUCGGUGGUAAGUCUACCGCCAGUGGGUUGCCUACCAGUAAUAAUAACACUAAAAUCAUCUAUAUUCAAACCUCGCAUUUGUGCUGAAGUUGUGUCCACACUUGCUAAAACAUUCAAUCAAAUGCUCCAACAACAAAUUAAAAUCAUGCAAGCUUCCCAACUAACUAACACAACACUCCUUUAUUGGGAUAUUUAUACACCUUUAGAAGACCAAUUCAACCAUCCUACCAAAUAUGGUUUUGAAGUUGUUGAUAGAGGAUGUUGUGGAACCGGCUUUAUAGAAGGAGCAUUGUCAUGUAACCUGUGGUCAAAUAUAUGUAAUGAUCGCUCCAAAUAUCUAUUUUGGGAUGCAAUGCAUCCAACUGAAAGAUCGUACUAUUUUUUAUUCCAGACUCUUCGUCCUCUAAUUGACUAUAUAAACAACAUUUGAUCAUAACUUGA